CCCUGUGUGUCACUUUUACGUAGCGGUUAGUCCUCUCCUCAGCUACUAAUCAUUGUUCUAUCUUCCCCCAAUUCCCUCCGCUUCUGCGACAUCAACAAAAUCGAAGACGCAGAGAAAAGAUUGAACCUUUGAUUUGGGAAUUAAGGAUUUGGAUUUUCAUCGGCCAUGUCGAUGCUCGAUUCCUUCUUCAACAAGGGCUUCAAAGCGGUCAAAUGCAAAACCCUGCUGAAAUUGACAACUCCGCGGAUAAAAUUGUUGAGGAACAGGAGAGAAAUUCAGAUUAAACAGAUGCGCCGCGACAUUGCCAAGCUUCUUGAGACUGGCCAAGAGGCUACUGCUAGAAUUCGGGUGGAGCAUAUAAUUAGAGAAGAGAAUAUGAUGGCAGCUCAUGAGAUCCUUGAGCUAUUUUGCGAGCUUAUUGCUGUCCGCCUUCCAAUUAUUGAAUCACAAAGGGAAUGCCCUAUAGACUUGAAAGAAGCAAUAUCCAGUGUGUGUUUUGCUGCGCCAAGGUGUGCUGAUCUGCCGGAGUUGCUGCAAGUUCAAAUGCUAUUUGCUGCCAAAUAUGGGAAAGAAUUUGUAGCAGCUGCAACAGAGCUUAUACCGGAUUGUGGUGUCAAUCGCCAGUUGAUAGAACUGCUAUCUGUUCGUCCUCCCUCACCUGAGAAAAAACUGAAGCUUCUUAAAGAAAUUGCUGAAGAGCAUGGCCUGGAUUGGGAUCCUGCUGCAUCUGAAGCUGAAAUUUACAAACCGCACGAAGAUUUGUUGAGUGGUCCAACACAGUUUGUAAGUGGGUCUAAAUUGCCCCUUCCCCAAGAAAAACAUGAUGAAACAUUGCAAUAUGCCCCGGAUCAAGCCCAGAAAGAACCGUCUGAUUCUGAUGACAGUUUGGACUCAUUAGACUUUCCUGAAGUUCCUAAGCAAUCACUAGGACCAAGUACAAAUCCAGCCUCAGCACCAAUGAUGCCUCCUCCUUUACCAACCCAUCCACACCCUGAAAUUGAUCAAGACUUGUCAAAAAAAUGUGGGUCCAUUGAAAAUCAAUCUGAAGAGUCAUCCUUUGACUCCGGAGAAGUGAUGGAAGAAAGAUCAGUAGCUAACAAUCAGGAACAGUCUCAUCUCUCGGUUGGCGGUGUGGAAGAUAAGCAGUUUUUGCCAUUUAUUUCUGCCCCUUCACUUUCUUCUGUGUCAUUUCCUACAAGACAAAGCAAUCCACCACCCUCUCUAUCAAGAACAAGAAGCGAGGUUAAUGUCGAUUUGCAGGAUGUGUUAGCUGCUGCUCAGGCUGCUGCGGACUCUGCAGAACGUGCAGCGACAGCUGCUCGCUCAGCAGCUAGUCUUGCACAGGUCAGAAUCAACGAGAUUACCAAGAAAAACAGCGAAGUAGUCCCUAAAAAUUGGUCUGAAAGUGAAAACCCUUUUCAUGUAGACAUUCCUGAUCAGUCGGCUACUCAAGCUGCUGCGGACUCUGCAGAACGUGCAGCGACAGCUGCUCCCUCAGCAGCUAGUCUUGCACAGGUUAAAAUCAACGAGAUUACCAAGAAAAACAGCGAAGAAGCCUCUGAAAAUAGGUCUGAAAGUGAAAACCCAUUUCAUGAAGACGUUCCUAAUCAGUCGGAUGCUAGAGAAAAACCAGACUUCGAUCAUCAUAUCCCCAGUGGUGGUUCUGAUGGUGUUAUGAAUUCUCCGGUACCCCAUCAAAUCUAUUUAUAUGGCCAGGGAUCCGAGAUAUCAAAUGCUUCGUCCAUCAUUAUGGAACCUCUUAAUGCCAGUUUUGAUUCCCCGCUUCCCAAAGAUCAUGCUUAUGAACACGAGCCUGUUCGUCAUCAGCCUCAGAGAUUGUCUUCAAUGGAUGAUGACCCAUACUUCUCGUACCCAAACUUAUUUACAUCACAAAAUUCAAAUGUCGGAUCUCAUGCUCAGUCUGCUACAGAUAAUCCGUUCCCUUCCCAAGGACGCUGAGGUUGAGUAGUUUCUGUUUGAUUCGUCGACUCAAUCUUUCUUUGUCAGAUCUUGCUGGUCAGGGGAUAUGGUUUGUACUAUCACUCGAACUUUUGUUAUAGGGUGUUUUCAGAGUUAUUUGUAGAGUAUUGUUUGUGUAAGUUUAUUGGGUGAGUUUUGAGUUUUUGAUUCUGUGGAGGUGUUCAUGGUCAAGAAUUCAUGGUAUGUAGUCUUGGUGACAAUUGGGAUAGCAAUGUACCACUUGGUUUGCUGCUCGAAAUGAUUACACACAUAUAUAUAGUUCAUGAAAUGUUAUUUACUCUAUACUUUGA